CGGGCCCACUGUGUUUAAACUGUUUUGUUUAACUUUCUAAUUUUCUUUUUUUUCGAAAAUUUAAAUUUUUUAUAUUCAUUUAAAAAAUGUCAAAAUUUACGGAUCAUUUUAAUAGUACCACGAUUAAAGGAAGAGCUAAUGUGGCAAAAGCGACAUAUGCUUCAUUUGCAGCCAUUUACUUAUACAGUCGCUUUAAAAAGUCCAAACGGAAACCUAACGAAAACCCCAAAACUAAUGAUUCAAAUCUAUAUGAGCCGGCAGCAAAAUCAGAAGGCAAUGAAAGUCUACAACAUUUUAAAUGUCCUCGUUGUGAGUGUAACAAAGACUCUAAAAACUCUACUGACUCUCUACAGAAGCCUAAUGAACGCCAGGACUUGCAUGAAUUAACUCCUCCAGCCGGUUCUUGUAAAUCUAAUCACGAUUCUUCCUCUUACACACCUCAUACUAAUGAUGGUAACAAUGCUGCUGUCGCUGAAUCUAUGGUUAAAUCUUCCAAAUCAAAAUGUGAGUCUGGCUGUAUUACCGCCACCACCCAUUCCUCCACAAUUACUAAUGAACAAAAAUCUUCUUUACAUUCCGCUGAUGACAAAGAAUUAUUAUGGUGCUACACAAUUUAAUAAUGAAAAAGGCCACUAUUUCCCUGAUUCGCCUUCUCCUGACAAGGGUUCGUGUCCUUAAGUUGAGUUUAAGGUUUUUUUUUAUAAAUUUGUUUUAUUUUUUUAUAUUGAGUUUAUUUUGAAAUAAAAUUUUUG